AUGGCAUUCCACGACCUGUACCCAACCAGAUUAGACGAUUUUAAGCCUCAGAUUCGAGUCCUCGAGAUCAUAGACGACAACAAUAAUGGCAAUGUCUCAUGCAAAUUACAUACUAUCACUCUCGAUAACUCGUCGCAUUUCGCAGCCUUGUCCUAUGUUUGGGGCGACCGGAAUGCGAUGACAGAGAUUACAGUCAAUGGUAAGAGCAUCUCGGUAACAAGAAACCUAGCCGGCGCCCUGAAACAUGCCCGUAAGUACUGGAAAUACGAGUUUCCCGACAAAGAUCCGGCUUCUUUCAGAAUAUGGGCAGACGCCAUCUGCAUCAAUCAAUCAGAUUCGCUCGAGCGAAGUGAACAGGUCACGCUCAUGCCUCAAAUAUAUUCAAAAGCCAAGCUAGUCCUCGGCUGGCUGGGGGAUCAGCAUAAUGAAGACAUAUCAAUUGCAACUCAGACAAUAGGCCUCAUACAUGCCGCUCUCGCAAGCAUUGGGGAUGACGAGCAUAAAUUGCUACAGCUAGAGUGGCUUAAAAAUUAUCCGUCCCUGACCGUGGCUCCCGGGUGUGACAGAAGAUGGAGUGCUCUACAUGUCUUGGGAGGCUUGCCGUAUUGGAAACGGGUGUGGAUUUUGCAAGAGAAUCUUUUGGCAACAACCAUGUUUUAUAUAACUCCAACAGCGAUGAUAGAAGCCAAUACUCUUCUACAAGCAUGCGUUGGGUUUGGUGUCCUCUGCGAAUUGAUCGCCGAUAAUCAUGUGGCAAAGCCCGACUUUGUUCCAAAUCACGUCUGGAUGGUUUUCAAACCCCCUGAGGGCACAGCUUUCAAUGGAUUGAGAGAGAUUCAACGUCUAGGGUCAGCCAAGUACACCUUGCAAAAUAUGCCUUCACGUAAUCUCGGUACAAAGCAAAUUCUCAGGGGGCAUUUACAUCUGUCACAAUACGGCGGCGUUCUUGAGGCUACAGAUCCCAAAGAUCAUAUCUACGGCCUCUUGGGAAUUAGCUGCCUUGACAUCCAGAUUGACUACAGUGAAUCCAAGCAACUCCAAGACGUUUACGCAGACUAUUGUCGUGCCGUACUACGAAUUCUCCAACAGCUAUCAAAACGAGAUAUCUUUUUCCUCCGAGACGCUGGCAUCGGUGUCUUCGACACUGCAGAACUGGACCUCCCCUCCUGGGUGCCAAACUACCCUGCGAGGUCAAGGGGCGAUCCGACACUCAUAUUUGGAGGUGCCUUUAAUUUGAGUUCAAUUGUUCCAGAUAUUUCAUUCCCAAGCAUAGCUGGUUUCGAGCUGUCCAUUUCUGGCGUUCGCCUUCAGAAUGUUAAGCGCAUCAUGCGGUCACCACCAACCAUUGAAAAUCUCAAAAAAGGAGGGGAUGGUCACGCAUGGGUCACGGAAUAUUUGCAAAGGAAACCAAUGUACAAUAAGAUACCAAGCACUUGGGCUCUGUUCAGCGCGGUGGCGAGAACGCCGAGAUUUGCCCUCGACACAUCAAAUCUGCUCCUUCUCCAGGACUUUUUGAGAAUUCUUGAUCUUAAGCCGCGCCAAGAUAUCAAGAAAUGCGGCAAUAUUCCAGUCCAAUACACUACAAAAGAAGAGGGCGGCAUCUCCAUUGGCAUUAUAAUGGAUGGCACAAGCAGCAACCCAUCGAUGAUCACUCAGGUCUCCCCAGCGCUGAGUUACACAGAUCCUGUUCAGGCUCUCGAGGACAGAAUGCUUGAAAUCACAUAUCGAUUAAUACACAUCUUAAAACGAAACUAUCAUGUCAAAUUAUUUGAAGCAGGAAAGGAGCUAUUGGGCAUAGGGCCGCAACACUGUUCUGAAGGCGAUAUAGUCUGUGUUGUCGACGGAUACAGCGACCUUGUGCUUCUCCGAAAGUGCGGAGACCGAUAUAAGUUCGUCGGGCCUUGUUCGACUUUCGGGAUAUCAGAAAGUUCUAUCAAGGCAGCAUUAAAUGAGGGGGUUCUGAAGGUCGAAACCUUUCACCUAAUAUAA